UAUAAUUUAUUAUAUAUUUCCCAAAAGUCCCCAUCACCAAAAACUCUAUCCUGAAACUUUUUAAAAUCGAAUAGGAAUCCAUUAGCAACCAUAGAGUAAAACAUCCAUCCAUGGCGGAUCUCGUCGCUGUCAAGACUUUUAUUUAAUUCUGUUUCAAUUAUGAAGCACCUUCAAUGAUUUUGAGUGGGCUUAUAGUGUGGAAGUGAUCGUGCGGUGGCGCGGCGCGGUGCCGGCGAUCCGGUUGUGUCAGCGCCAUGUUCAGCGGAACGGUGCGCGUCAAGGUGUGUGAGGCCACGGGCCUCAGGCCGACUGACUUUCAGAAACGGCACAACAUGACCUUCGGGAAACCAGACGACCAGCCGAUAGACCCGUACGUGUCGAUCGACGCGGACGAGCACCACCUGGACCGCUCCACCACCAAGCCCAAGACCUUCGACCCCGUGUGGAACGAGACCUUCAUCCACGAAGUGCAGAACGUCGCCAGCUUGGGGAUCACAGUAUUUCACGAUGCCGCCAUACCUCCAGAUGAUUUUGUUGCAAACUGCACAAUUCCUUUUGAAGAUUUAACUCAUCGUGAUAAAGACGCCACAGACUUUUGGGUGGAUCUAGAACCUCAAGGAAAACUGCAUCUGAAAAUAGAUCUGAAAUGGAAUUCUCAAGGCUCGGGCGGCGGCGGCGAGGCGGCCCGGGCGCCGGCGGGCGGCGCGGCGCGCGGGCGGGAGUUCAAGGAGGGCGCCGGCUUCGCGCGCCGCCGGGGCGCCAUGCGCCGCCGCGUGCACCAGGUCAACGGACACAAGUUCAUGGCCACCUUCCUGCGCCAGCCCACCUUCUGCUCCCACUGCCGCGAGUUCAUCUGGGGUCUCGGAAAACAAGGAUAUCAAUGCCAAGUGUGCACCUGCGUGGUCCACAAGCGCUGCCACUCGUCCGUCGUCACCAAGUGUCCCGGGAUGAAGGAAGAGCAACACAGCGCCGUGGGUGUGUCCGGCGGCCAACGGUUCAGCGUCAACGUCCCGCACCGCUUCGUGGUGCACUCCUACAAGCGGUUCACGUUCUGCGACCACUGCGGCUCUCUGCUCUACGGCCUCAUCAAGCAGGGGCUGCAGUGUGAAGUGUGCUCGAUGAACGUGCACAAACGGUGCCAGAAGAACGUGGCCAACAACUGCGGCAUCAACACCAAGGCCAUGGCCGAGAUCCUCUCCGAGAUGGGCAUCUCCCCGGACAAGAACCCUCGCCCUAGGACCUCCAAGUACAACCCCGUGCUGAUGGAGGGCGGCGGCGGCGACGCGGCGGCCGACGCCGACAAGGAGCCGCUCGACAAACACGACGACAAAGUGCUGGACCUGCUCAUGUCAUCGCCGUACGACUUCGUACCGCCCUCGUACGACUUCGUACCCCCUUCGUACGACUUGGUACCCCUUUACGGCGAGUACAUACCUUCGGCGACGAACGGCGGUGGUGACCAUUGGGACGACCUGAAAGACAUAUUUACGUGCUACGAAGGUGGCGACAUGGCGGGUGCGCGCGACAAGGUCUCGCUGGAGGACUUCACGUUCAUCAAGGUGCUGGGCAAGGGGUCCUUCGGCAAGGUCAUGCUCGCUGAGAAGAAGGGCACCGACGAGGUGUACGCAGUGAAAGUGCUAAAGAAAGACGCCAUCAUCCAAGACGACGACGUGGAGUGCACUCUGACCGAGCGGCGCGUGCUCGCGCUCGCCGCGCGCCACCCCUUCCUCACGGCGCUGCACUGCGCCUUCCAGACCAGGGACCGACUGUUCUUCGUCAUGGAGUACGUCGACGGCGGGGAUCUCAUGUUCCAGAUACAACGUGCGAGGAAGUUUGAUGAACCCCGCGCCAGGUUCUACGCAGCCGAAGUGACAUUGGCCCUACAGUUCCUUCACGCACACGGUGUUAUCUACCGCGACUUGAAGCUGGAUAACAUAUUACUGGACGCCGACGGGCACUGCAAACUCGCUGACUUCGGCAUGUGCAAGGAGGGCAUACUAGAUGGAGCGACCACUACGACCUUUUGCGGUACUCCUGACUACAUAGCCCCUGAGAUCUUGCAAGAGCUGGAAUACGGUCCGUCGGUGGACUGGUGGGCGCUCGGCGUGCUGCUGUACGAGAUGCUGGCCGGGCAGCCGCCCUUCGAGGCCGACAACGAGGACGACCUCUUCGAGUCCAUCCUGCACGACGACGUGCUCUACCCCGUCUGGCUGUCCAAGGAUGCCGUGUCCAUCCUCAAGGGCUUCAUGACGAAGAACCCGGCGCGGCGGCUGGGCGUGGCGGGCGGCGGGGGCGGCAUCCGCGCGCACGCCUUCUUCAAGGACAUGGACUGGGACGCGCUGCAGCAGCGCCGUCUGCGCCCGCCCUUCCGACCCAAGGCAUGUAAAAGCAAGCGCGAGGCGGUGAACUUCGACGCGGAGUUCACGAAGGAGGAGCCUGUGCUGACGCCCGUGCCGGCCGACGUCGUGCGCACCAUCAACCAGGAGGAGUUCCGGGGCUUCUCGUUCGUGAACUCUGACUUCACGCCAACGCCGGCGCCGGUGCUCGCGCCCGCCAACUGACUCCCUCACGCACGUGGCGGUGCACUCUCUCUCUCUAGCGAUAGCCGAUAGAGUAGCUCCGCAUGGCCCUGUACCGAGGCCGACGCCGCUACGUUCUAACGCCGAACUCGCCUUAUCUCUCCACUCUCGCAUUAUUUCCGUUGUAAAGUGUUCGGCCAGUGCUAGAGUCGGAUUAAGAUAACUUUGCGGCGACUUGAAUAGAACAAAGUGAGGCCGUGUCAUGUUUUCAUAGAUUAAUGAUGACAUUGACACACUUUGUCAUUGCAAAUGUCAUGCAGAGUUAGAUCGGUCCGACGCUACGCUGUUGGAGAAAUAUGGUGAGUCUGCACCAUGUAGAAUAAAGCAAUACGAUAUCUCGAUGAUUUCGUAUUACGAAACGUACGUCUGUCUACGCUAAAUUUGCAGCGACAUGUGUGUAUGCGCCAUAAUUGCCGUACCAGCUGAAAACUUAGCGCGGUUGGACUAACAAAAACGUGGUCCUUAAGUUUAUAAAUUGUCAGUUAUAGUGUAGAUGGAAAAAGACACGCAGUCAUCAUUUUUAUGAUUGUUCGUAUUUAUAAAUUAUUAAACCGUACCGUCAGUUGCGUCUACGACAACCUCUGCGUACGCAAAAAAAAAAAACAAGUUACAAGGGAUUAUUAUAGUAUACGCGGUGAGAUUCAACUGAUCUGUCUUCAUUGCAUAGUAUUUUAUAUACACGUGUCUAUAUUAGUGGUGACCACGAGUAUUACAUCUUAUAGGAAGUUUCUUGAACAUUAUUCGAGAGACAGAGAUAUCGUAGCUUCGAUGUUAGAACGUUGCGGUUUAGUUCCAGGCCGGUUCUUAUGAAAUUCUGUCCACACAUACGAGCCAGCGAUCAAAUAUGUAGCGGCGACCGGCAGCAGAAACUGGCUCUUCUCAAUUCAACUUAAAAAGGCUAUGUUGUAUUAUACUUUUGUAGGCAAAUCCUCAGAAUUGGCAAGGGGAGACGUCUGUUAGCGGCGUCGAGCCAUUUCACUAUUUACGAAGGUAAAGUACAGCAGAGUUCUUUUAAACGACGCGCUUCAGUUUUUAGCGUAUUAUGUUAAAUUGGGAAGAUCCAUUCGCUUUUGGCCUCGCCGGCCGCCGCGAGUACAGUUAAGGGCAAAAAUUAUACAUUUAUUUACCUAAUACAAAUGUAAAGGUGUAAACUUGUAUGACCUUGAUUGUACGCACACGAAUCCCGGCGGGAUCGCCGCCCACAGAUUAUAUAUAAAUGGAAGAGUUAGAGCAAUUAUUUAUCGUUGUAAAUAUUGAAGAUUUAUUAUUCGGGUGUAAAGCGGAGGCGGAAUCAGUAAACCCCACGCGUCACCGACGCGAAGAAGCGUAUAUUAUAGGCACAUGAGUAACAGCGGCAGAACCUACUGUUUGCUUGUCUACUCAGACAUUACCACGUUUAGCGCAAAGAGUACAUCCUCAAAUUUAAUUUAAAUGAAUGAGAUCAUUUUGGUAGAAAGUUUAAUUGUUUGACAGGUUUUUGUGUGUUGGAUACAUUUCCCUAAACGUCUAAUAGGAAGUUGAGAAUAUACACGCGUCUCAUAUUUUUGUCGAUUGACUCGGUGAGCCAGGGGACAACAGUUGGUUUAAUAACAAACAUCCACAUCAUCUUGUCCUCUAAUACUGCACUUCUGUCUUCAUCUCUCAUUUUUCAAAGGAGAAUUGACAGUAUAUUGGCAGAGAUAGUGGCUUUUUCUACUAAUGUUGCGUUCUACAUAUAUCUAUUGAAUUCGUAUCCGAAAUUAUUUAUCAGAGAAAAACUUUUUUUUAUCGAAAACAUUUAUUUUGUACAAAUAAUUGAUGCACCUAAUAAAAUGCUUACCUACACGACAAUCAAGUAAGCCUAGCCGCACAAAAUAUCAAGCAAAUUAUCAGAGAUUAUUGAUGCAAUUGUUAUUAGUCUUAUAAAUAUGAUGAGUGUAUAUUCUCUAUUAGUUUCCACUGACGCAUGUCUGGUUAGACUAGCAACAGCGACGGUUCUGCCGUUUCUAGUCCGCGCGUUCCGAGUACCGCGGAACGCGACCCAAUACUCACUAGGGGUUUUGUUUGACAGUAUUCGCGGCGAGUCGCGGUUCACUUCUUACUUGUAUUUAUAUUAUUGGGUCGAUCGAAUUUGUGUUGUAGGUAGGUAGCCCAGUGAGCAAAAUAUAUAAAAAAAAAAGUUUUGCGGAUGACACAGGCGCCAUUCAAACGCGUAAAAGUGCUCAAUAAUGUGAUAGGUACAUCACUCUUGCAUCACACAUCGCUUUGCAAAAGUCAUGUUCAAAUGUUUCUGAGCACUUUGCCCGUUCAGUAUUAUUGCUUACUGUAACAUUGUGAGGAAAACACAAAGAAAACUUUUCAAUAGUUACCCAGGAGACAUCACAAUAGGUAUAGGGCAAAAAAUCGAUUGACCCAAUAUUUUACGCGGUACCUCUGGUACAUUUUGAGUGAUGUUUAAUGAAUUUAUUUAUUUACGUUUUUAUGAUUUAGUAUUGACCGGAACCAAAGGCUAUGUUGUUAGAGCGGUAGUCGUUAGUGCGCGUUACACGUGCCGGUGUGCCGUGCGUCGCGCACGAGUGAUGCUUUAUGUAGUUGUUAGUGUAUUAUAAUAUUAAUAAUAUUAAUUAUAAAUCUCUGUACGUGUUGCCCGUCUAACGACAUGUUUAUAACUAAUUUCGUGUUCAUUUCGGUCGCCCUCCGGGUUUUAUAAUGCCACAGUUCCUUGUACUAGAUUAAAGAUCUGUUAUUUUGAUUUUGUGUACGUUUUUUUAAUUGUGGUGUUUAUAUAGGAGGGCUUCGUUCGGUGGAUUUAUUUAUGGUAAUAGCUCGUGCAAGCUAAUUUAAUAGCAUGAGUUCGCGGGACUUUAGACCUUGUGUGUACAUACGCAAGGCGGCCGCGAGGCUUUCCGUGUCCACUGUGUAAUCGCGUAUGUAUGUAUCGUGUUUGGGCGUUUCUCUGUUAUAGCGUAAGUGAUGUGAGUGCUGAUUUAUUUUUGAUGUGAAUCGUACUAACUGUAGAGUAAGGGAGCCGCGGCAACCGAUACGAGGCGAGAUGUGAGCGGUUCAAUAAGGAACGCACAAAUGUGAGCGCAUAUUUGUUAAUGUAAGGUCUUAUGUCAAAGAGAUUAGGGUUAUAUUUGAAUGGCACGCGCUAUUGCUAUGAUAUAUUGAUUUAUUAUUCGUGUCAAUGAGAUAUUUGAAAUAGAUUUUAUAUAAAAUCUUGUACAAAUAUUAGUUCAUGGCUGUGCCUAUUAGGCCUAUGAAUGCUUUUAUCGCGCGAUAAAUAUAAUAUAAUGCAUUUGUUUCGUUUUGUCACUACUUGGUAGGAAGAGACUGAUGCUUUAUCAUAUCUUUAUCACGUGAUCGUGGCCACCGUAACUGUUGUAAUUGUAUGAAUUUGCAAGUAUUAUCCGUCUAUGAUAACUGAACCGUCAAAUUUUGCAUCUCGCUUCCUUUUGGUGCUUCGUGGCAGCGUAUUCUUGAUAGCACACUCUUUCACGUAAUUGGUUUUUAAGAAAACACUGUCGGUAUUCGGCCAUAAUUGGAACAGGACUAUGAAAUAUGUGUACAGAAAUGACAUACUUAUGAAAGCGGCGUGAAUCAAACUUUUGACACUGUUGUUGCAUGUUGUUACCCAGGGGACAACACUAAACACUUAAAUAAUAACAAACAAUAGUUUCUAUUGUGAUGCAAAAGAAACAAUUGUAUUUUUUUAUUUAAACAUGCACAAAUGGUAAUCUUAACAUACGUAACACAUACGUAAUGCACUCACUACCAAAUCUAUUAUAACGACCACCUAUUUAAAUCUACAUUCAUACCGACCGUGGGUUUUGGCGAACCAAUCCGUGAGAGCGUCCUACAUCGGAUACGAUUUAUCGGACAUGCGGGCUCUGCUCGACCGUGUCGUGUAACUAGUCAGUUAAGCGUAAGAGCGCUCGCGCCACGCCCGAUCCGAACCCGACACCCGACACGAUACGA